AUGCCUGACGAAGAUUGGGUGAAUCGCAUCUUGGAUGAGCCACUUCCUGCAUGGAAGAAUUUUGAUUUUCCUGUACAUGAUGAUUCUGAUUUGGUUAUCAGUGAAACAUGUCAUAAAGUAGAAUCAUCUGCUGUUGACUCUUUGGUGGAGGUUAAAAGUUCUGUGGCUCAGCUGGAUUCUUCUUUUAUAGAACAUGCACCGGAUGCUACACAGUGUGACUUUCAUUCAGAAUUCUGUUCAGGCCCUCUUCUUGCUGAUGACAACUUACAAGCAACUGGUACUUCAUGUCUUACUUCCAAGCAAGAUUGCUCUCCCAGGGAAAUGGUUGAUAUUGAGGAGACCACACCGAACAACAUAUGCAAUAUUUAUGUUCUUGAAGAGAUAAUUGAAGAUGCUAAAAAUAACAAGAAAACCUUGUUUUCAGCGAUGGAGUCAGUUAUAAGCAUGAUGAGAGAAGUGGAAGUCCAAGAGAAAGCUGUUGAUAUUGUCAAAGAGGAAGCUUCUAGGGGAGGUUUGGAUAUCAUGGUCAAGGUGGAGGAACUGAAACAGAUGUUGGCACAUGCGAAGGAUGCAAAUGACAUGCAUGCUGGAGAAGUGUAUGGGGAGAAAGCAAUUUUAGCAACUGAAGUGAGGGAGCUCGAGUCUAGAUUGCUCAGCUUAUCAGAUGAAAGGGAUAAAUCACUUGCAAUUCUGAAUGAGAUGCGUGAAACUCUUGAGGAACGACUGGAUGCAGCAACUGAGGCAAGGAAAGUGGCUGAGCAGGACAAGCUAGAAAAGGAAGAAUCUGCACGGACAGCUCUUGCUGAACAAGAAGCGGAGAUGGAGAAAGUGGUCCAGGAGUCAAAAGUAUUGCAACAGGAGGCGGAGGAGAAUUCUAAGUUGCGGGAGUUUCUGAUGGACCGUGGUCGCAUUGUCGAUAUGCUGCAAGGAGAAAUUUCUGUUAUUUGUCUGGAUGUCAGGCUGCUGAAAGAAAAAUUUGAUGAACGGGUUCCACUAAGCCAGUCUGUUUCCUCAAGCCAGACUACUUGCAUCUUAGCUUCUUCAGGCUCAUCAUCCCUGAAAAGCUUGGGGGCAUUUGAUUUGCUUCUGGAACGAGUCGAGUCACCAAAGUUUGCAGAGAAGGCAAGUCCUGCUCCUUCAGUUGAUGGCCUAUCACCAACAAGCAGACUUGAAGAUGAAAGAAGAGAACUUGCGCAAGCACUUGUGGAUGAGGGGUGGGAAGUUGUCGUCGACAAUUAA